AAGUACCGGUACACUUCGCAGACAUCAUUCAUUCGGUCGUUCUUUCGGUCUCGACUGAUGGCCAUGCAACCUGUGCGUUAGAAGAAGAUAGAACGAGCUUGUUAUCUACAUUUCACAAGCAGAAAUUUAUGCCAAAAAAGGAAAAGUUUUCGUGUAUGUCCGCCAGUGCAGCCGAAGUCAGUAAACUGUUUUUGUGUGUGUUGUUACGACUAGCUUAGCAGAAGCAUUGUACGACGCUGGUGACCGUCUGUCGUUUGUUCCGUCAAAUCAGCGAUUAGCGGUUGUUUUACUAAAAAAAAUAAACGGUGAAUUUGUAACCGCUGACACAUCAGGAUUUAUUUCUUUGGUUGGUUGCAAAUUGGUGAUCUCCGGAAACAAUGGCUUACUCGAAUAAAUUCAUCUACGCGACACUCCCUCGAACGCAACGUGGCCAACCGAUCGUGUUGGGCGGUGAUCCAAAGGGUAAAAAUUUUCUCUAUACCAACGGAAACUCGGUGAUUAUUCGCAACAUCGACAAUCCGGAGAUUGCAGACAUCUACACGGAACACUCGUGUCAGGUGAACGUGGCCAAGUAUUCACCUAGUGGGUUCUAUAUUGCAUCCGGCGAUCAGUCUGGCAAAAUCCGCAUCUGGGAUACCGUUAAUAAGGAACACAUACUGAAAAAUGAAUUUCAGCCGAUCGGAGGACCUAUUAAAGAUAUCAGCUGGUCGCCAGACAGUCAGCGAAUUGUGAUCGUCGGCGAAGGUCGCGAGCGGUUUGGCCACGUGUUUAUGGCUGAAACUGGAACAUCGGUUGGUGAGAUUUCCGGUCAGUCGAAACCGAUCAAUUCGUGUGAUUUUCGGCCGGCUCGGCCGUUUCGAAUUAUCACUGGUAGCGAAGAUAAUACGAUCGGUGUUUUCGAAGGACCUCCAUUCAAGUUCAAGAUGACUAAACAGGAUCAUACAAGAUUUGUACAAGCGGUUCGCUACUCACCAAGCGGACAUUUAUUCGCCUCGGCUGGAUUCGAUGGCAAGGUUUUUCUAUACGAUGGUACAUCGUCGGAACUGAAAGGUGAGAUUGGAUCACCGGCUCAUGGUGGUGGUGUUUAUGGUGUUGCCUGGAAGCCCGAUGGAACCCAGUUGCUUACCUGUUCAGGUGACAAAACCUGUAAGUUAUGGGAUGUUGAAUCGCGUUCUUUAAUCAGUGAGUUCCCUAUGGGAACGACAAUUGAUGAUCAGCAGGUAUCUUGCUUAUGGCAAGGCAAUCACGUGCUGUCUGUUUCAUUGUCCGGUUUUAUCAACUACCUCGAUGUAAACAAUCCCACCAAACCGUUGCGUGUGGUCAAGGGCCAUAACAAACCGAUUACGGUGCUCACCCUCAGUGAGGAUCGGAGCACAAUUUAUACAGGAAGCCACGACGGUGCCGUUACCAACUGGAACUCCGGUUCCGGUACAAACGAUCGAGUUGCCGGUGGUGGACAUGGUAAUCAAAUCAAUGCUAUCUGUGCCGCUGGUGAUUUUGUCUAUACGGCCGGGAUCGAUGAUUCAAUCAAACAGAUCACGAUUGAAGGUAACCGGUACAGUUCGGUGGAAUCUAAGUUGAGCUGUCAGCCUCGUGGCAUGGAUAUCCUGAAAGAGGGCAAUAUUAUCGUCGUCGGAUGUGUGAAGGACGUUACCGUCGUUCAGGACAAUCGGAAGGUCUCUUCUGUGCCGAUAAAUUUUGAAUCGAGCAGCGUCAGUAUCAACUCCGAAACACUCGAUGUCGCCGUUGGUGGGAACGACAAUAAAGUGCACAUUUUUGGUCUCGACGGAACGCAGCUUAGCCUAAAAGUUGAACUAGAUCAUCUUGGUCCUGUAACGGACUGCAAGUAUUCGCCAGACAAUAAACUGUUGGUGGCAUGCGAUGCCAACAGAAAGGUGAUUCUGUACAGUGUACCGGAAUAUAAGCCUGCUCACAACAAGGAAUGGGGCUUCCACAACGCCCGUGUCAAUUGUGUAUCAUUCUCGCCAAACUCACAGCUAGUGGCCAGCGGUUCGCUGGAUACCACCAUCAUCAUCUGGUACGUGAACAGCCCAGCCAAACAUACCAUUCUCAAGAAUGCACACCCACAAUCACAGAUCACCGGGCUAGUUUGGUUGGAUAACGAAACUCUGAUCUCGACUGGGCAGGACUGCAACACCAAGGUGUGGCACAUUGAUGCCACUGCCUAAGAUCAUGGCCGGGAUAGCAGCAGAUAAAAACUAAAAAUUACGUGCAGGAAAAUUAUUGUAACCCUGUUUCUUUUUUUCGGUUGGUUUUUUACUCGCAGAAUUAAAAAAGAUGGUAUUAUCAAGCAGUGCUUUUUUGCAACGCACAGUCAACGAAAGAGUAUUUGCGAGAUUAUUGGAACAGAAGUCAUAGCAGAUGUUGAUGUUGUUGUUCGUAAGGAGUAAAUUCAAGUCAGUAUGCUUUCAGUUAUGAAUCGAGCAUUUCAUGUAAUAGCAAUAAAAAUAGUCGUAAAAUGAAAUUGAUUCAACAACAACGGAUGUAUCAUCUUUUCAGUUAAGAUUUUUGAACAGUUUUCUUCAAGUUAUAAUAAUUUAUUUAAAAUAGUAUGUCCCUUCGUAACGAUGACCAUUUUUCGUUUUGUUGUAUGAAUGCUUUAUUAUGAAUCUUUGCGGUUUUGUUUUCAUUAUCCAUUCUAUUAGAAUCUAAAAGAUGUAUUCAAAAGUAUUUCCGUUUUCUGUCCGAACUGAUCACAUUUUUGACACUUUAUAACGCAUUCAAAACCUUUUUAUAAAAAUAACACUAUUGACUGGGAAUGUUUAACCGUUUCUGUUGAAAUGAUGACAGCCUUUGCGGUUUAGUUCAUUUGAUCUUUAUUGUUAAUCUCAGUAAACAAAAAGUAAAAUGCCAAAACAACAUAAAUCAACAUGUCGCAUGUGACGUUUAAUUUUGCUACAAAACCAUUCGUUCAACUGUUCUGCUAUUUCCCUAAAUACUGCCGAAAAUAGUUCUUAGAUUUGCUUAUUCUUUAUGCCUGCUAAACUAUGACAACAGCUACA